UGUUCGAUCGUCACGUCAUGGAAAGAGUUACUGCGUUCUGCUCAAAGUAAAGAAAUACUUCGAGAAAAACUUUAAUCUAUUGCCUGUUGAGUCUAAUCUCGAAGGGAAUAGCAUGAUCACACAUCUAUAAGGGCCGGAUCGGUGGAUUAUAAAGACGCUUCAGAUGUAGUUUUCUUUUGUGUACGGAACGCAAAGGAUGCGUUCAUUCCUCAUCUCCGUCUGGGACGGACGACGAGCUGUUGGGACAAUGUUUUCAUCUGGAAUUUAGUUCAGCCGAAGCAGCUGUGUGUGUUUGUGUAUCUUUCACUUUAAACGGAGUUUUGCGCCAUGCAAGAGGCAUAAAAAUCUUCCAUAAGGAUAACAAAACAGUGAAGUGCGUGUGUUUUGCCGGUGUGCGCUGGACUGUGUUUAUGGACUUAUGGGUUUAUUUUUUUGCGCCUGAAGAAGAGUUUGCAGUACAAUGGAAAGAGAUACAUUUUGUGAAAAUGGAGAAUAAUAAUCUAACAGCGAGUUGCAACAUGUUACACUUGAGUUACAAAUGUAGCAGAUGAGAUUAUAAACCUGUUUCUUAUUUCCUCAACGCUGACUUUUGGUAAAGUGCCCGAAUCUCUGACUUUGAACACAUUGACCGUAUUAACUGCUGUAUUGAGAUAAAACUGUUGACCAAUGAGCCUUGUAGCAUCCCUUUCGUUUACUUGUUGAUUCUUGCCCCCUUUUUUGUGUCACAAAGUUUUAAGGAUGUCCCUGAAAGCCAAAGCCCUCUACACUUUCCAAAGUGAGAACAAGGAAGAGAUCAGCAUACUGGAGAACGAGGAGCUUGUGAUUUUUGACGAGAAGUCUAUGGACGGCUGGCUACAAGGAGAAAACAGCAAAGGAGAGCGAGGACUCUUCCCCGCCUCGUACGUCCACAUCGUCCGGAGCCGCUCCGGGUCCAACUUAACCGAUCAGUCCUUCAGCUCACCCGGAAGUUCACCCGGUAAAGAUCACUCGUACAUCAGCACGCAGUCCGCGACCCUCCCCAGCGACGACGAUGACGAUUGGGACGACUGGGAUGACAGCUCCACGGUGGUCGACGAUGAAGAUCCACGAAGGGGCGUGGGUGCCAACGGGCAUUCCCACCAAAGCCAGUAUUCCAACCCGAACGUCCACUACCGGGCAAAGCCGUACAUUGAGCGUCAAGACAGCAUGUCCAGCAACAGGAAGGGCAGCAUGGUGGGCAGGAACCUGAACCGAUUCUCCAGCUUCGUGCGGUCGGGUGUGGAGGCCUUCAUACUCGGUGACGUGCCCAUGAUGGCUAAGAUUGCCGAGUCUUACAGUAUAGAGAUGGGACUCCGGGGUCCCCAAUGGAAGGAGAGCCCACAGCCCUUCUCCUGCUCCGUCGAAGACCCCACGAAACAGACGAAGUUUAAGGGCAUUAAGACCUACAUCUCGUACCGCGUGACCCCCAGUGACACCGGCAGGCCAGUAUACCGCCGCUACAAGCACUUCGACUGGCUGUACAACAGACUACUGCAUAAGUUCACCGUCAUCUCCGUACCCCACCUCCCCGAGAAGCAGGCCACGGGUCGGUUCGAGGAGGACUUCAUCGAGAAGAGGAAGCGGAGGCUCAUCUUAUGGAUGAACCACAUGACCAGCCACCCCGUUCUGUCCCAGUAUGAGGGUUUCGAGCACUUCCUCAUGUGCGCAGAUGAUAAACAAUGGAAGCUCGGGAAGAGGAGAGCCGAGAAGGACGAGAUGGUCGGCGCUCAUUUCAUGCUCACGUUUCAGAUUCCCAACGAUUAUCAGGACCUUCAGGAUGUCGAGGAGCGCAUCGACUCCUUCAAGUCGUUCGCCAAAAAGAUGGACGACAGCGUGCUGCAGCUCACCAACGUCGCUUCCGAACUGGUUCGGAAACACCUCGGAGGUUUCCGGAAGGAGUUCCAGAGGCUUGGGAAUGCCUUUCAGUCCAUCAGCCAGUCAUUUCAGCUGGACCCGCCGUACAACUCGGACGCCCUGACCAACGCCAUCUCUCACACCGGACGCACCUACGAGAACAUUGGGGAGAUGUUCGCGGAGCAGCCCAAGGAUGAUCUAUUUCACAUGCUGGAUAAACUGUCGCUGUACCAGGGCCUGCUGUCUAACUUUCCCGAUAUCAUCCACCUGCAAAAAGGUGCUUUUGCAAAGGUGAAGGAAUCCCAGCGAAUGAGCGACGAAGGCAAGAUGGACCAAGCGGAAGCCGAUGGCAUCCGUAAACGCUGCAGGACCGUAGGUUUCGCCCUGCAGGCGGAGAUGAAUCACUUCCAUGAGCGCAGGGAUGUGGAUUUUAAAGAGAUGAUGCAGGCGUACCUCCGCCAACAAAUCCUCUUCUAUCAGCGGGUGGGUCAGCAGUUAGAGAGAACCCUACACAUGUACGAUAACCUCUAGAGCCUUUGGUAAUGGAGAAAUGACACUCCUGUGGACGGAUAUGAAUGAGUUCUUUUACUCUAAAAGUCGGACGUUUUGUUUUGCAAAAGAAACUGGACAUUUCUGCUUCUGCACUUAAAAAUGUCACUUUUAACCCCAGGAACCAACCAUAUAGUUGCCUUUGAUACACCACAGGUUAAUAAUGUAUCUUUGAGUUUACGAUGAAAUUUAUUUAAAUUGCUCAUAGAAUAUUGUUGCAAUGUUACACUAAUAUCGAGUCAGGUGUGCGAGUGACGUUACCUGUGUGUUGGCAGGUACGGAUGCUAAUCAGACUCCAAAAACGCUUCUGUCAUAUUGAAAUAAAAACACGGCUUGCUGUUGCAUCGGCUAGCAGUGACAGUAAUACUGCGGUUUGCUUAUCGACUACGCUAGUUUGUUGUAAAACUAGCGUAUCAUGCGGUUUUGUUUACACAAAUACUUCCCAGAAUACAUCGUUUUUGUAAAAAAAAGCAAAUUAUGAAAAAAAUUAUGUAUCCAACCUAGAAACAUAGCAUAGUAGCACUGUCGUAAAAUUCAAGAAUGAAUGAAAUCGUAUUGUUUUAAAUGGCCAAUCCACAUAUCCUGAUAGCAGACAUACAUCUGGGAGACGUCUAUUUGACAUCUGUGGUUACAUCUGCAAGACAUAAUUUUUUCUUCGCUCAUCGUCAAUACGUCUCUGAGAUGUCUCCUGUCGGAUGUCAUAUAAACAUCUUAAAGAUGUCUGAAAGAUGUUUAUGAUUUAGAAUGUAUGUAAAACUGCAUGUUUCUAAGACGUCUAUCAGAUGUUUUUACACAGCAGAUGUUUUUCAGAUCUUUAGCAGACAUCUUACAGACGUACCUGUGCUAUCCGGGUUGGGUAGCUGUAUAUUAAACACAAACUAUUGUCUGUGAUUGUGUCACUCUGCACAGGAUUUUACAGUGAUGAUAGAGAAACUGCUUGACACUCCAAAGUGUGCGUUCGCGCAAAGUUUGUGUAAAUUUUGAGUUGAGAAGUUUGAAGAUCUUUCAUAUGGAAGUCACUGUUUGCUAAAUUACUUAAACAUUCCAAAUCACUAUAAACUAGAGUGACUAGAAAUUAAUUCACAAGUGAAAUUAAUUCUGGUCCAGAUGUCAGGAGAAAAUGAUGUGAUGCAGCAUCCAUCGUGUAGAUUUUUUUUUUGUCGAAAAUGUCGAGUUGAUGUUAUUGUGAAAGAACACGUGCAUUGUAGUUCACACCCUGCUACUGUGUUACUAAAGCUGCUGUGAGAGAUUUUAGCCAUUUUGCUAACUCCAGCGAUGACACAACCUUACUGGACAAUCUCUUUUUGAAACCCCGCCCCAAUACCAAACCUGAACAUGAGCGAAAUGACUGACAGGUUUCUGAUCGGCUAUGUUUUAUAAAUGCUUAAUGACACUUGUUUUGUCGUUUUGUGGAGAACUGUCACAGAGACUUGAGAUUUCUCAGGACCAGUAACAGGGAUAUUUUAGAUCCAAAAAAUAAAUCGCUUACAGCACCUUUAACACAAUGUUUUUGUGGAAUCCUCACACAGAGGUUCUGGAUUGCAGACACUUCAGUAUUAGCGUUAGCAUUUUAGAAUGAGCAAAACUUGGUUCAGGGUGUUUCCAAAACCAAAAGGAGCAAAACUCUUCCUUUUGGAGCCCUCAGGAAAACUAAACACGGAACUCUAUAUAAUGUUUUUGUUUUAAUUUCCGAACAAGUGAUCUUUAUUUUUAGCCGUUAGCUUUAAGGGGUGCGUGGAUUUGUGUAAAUAAGACCUCCAUGGUCUCCAUGGAUGUGGUGAAGUUACAGUGCUUUGGUUUAGCUGUCGGACCUGUCUCAAGUUUCAAACUGUAAACUUGAAUAUUUACUUUUUUUGCACAUUUUGGAGUUGUUUUUAAGGACCAACAUGCAACCUUUAGUUUUCUUUAAAGUUUUAUGUGAGGAUUUAUGUGAGGGGUUUCGAGCUCCGUCACUUUUACAGAAUGAUGUCCCUCUUGUAUUGUGAAUGAUUUCUCUGUGCACAUUUUUCCAACUUAACAAUGGUUUGUCUUCAUUACCUUUCAAAACCAAUCAAAAUGUAAUAAGUUGCUACGCCUCUGAAAUGACUUUUCUUUUGGCUGACAUCGCCGAGCCCUCUUAUUUUUCAACUUCUCCCACUCAACCACUGCCAAAUACUGCAGACAGAUCAAACCAAUUCCCCCGUACAUUUUUUACUCAACCAAUAUUGCACUUUUACACCAAUAUAUCACAGUAGAGUAUGUUGACUUCAAUAUAGAACCAUUGAAGAAUAUUGUGGAUCUUGCGGUUUUAUUCUUCGGGUUUCCAGAUGUUUGUGUGCUCGCAGGUUUCAGAUCAGUCAGAGACUCGCUGACCCUUCCCUCAGGGGAUUUCUCUUCUGGUAAAUCCACGUAAACAAAAACCUCUGCCCUCAAUUCUCUGAAAAACCUUGGAACACAAACAGACAGUGUUGUGGUUGCGUGUGUCCACUUGGCGACUUCACACGCAUUCCAAGAUACAGCUGAGCUCAGACUUGAAUACCAAAGCCGGACACUUUUCCAUGACUGGACUAAUCCAAAUACUCCAUAUUUUCCUAAUGUUUUAUCAGGGUAUAUAUCUGGAGAUGGAUUGCACGCUUUCAGAGAGAAUAAUACAUGUCUAAAUGGAGAAGAAAUGUCAGGCAGAUGAAAGAAGAUGGACUUGUCUGUCAUUUUGUUGAAACAUGUUCUGUAGCUUUAAUAAAUGGGUUCCGGAAGGACGGCAGACCCCACACGGAUGAUUUUGGACGGAGCCAGAACCGGCACAUUACUCGCUGUACAGAGAACAUUAGGAUUUAUGUAAUGUGUAGACUUUUCUACUUUUCUGGUGUUAAACAGGGGAUCUGAAUAAAGAGAUCUCAAAACUU